UCUCUCUCUCUCUCUCUCUCUCUCUCCUUUUCCACUCUCUCUAACUCUCAGUCUCUCUCUCUCUCUAACUCUCCCUCCUCAGAUCGCGGUUGUUGUGUUUCUGGCUUUCUGCUGCGACACUGUUACAGGUGUGAAGAGCUACCUUAUAUAUGUGUACAGGUUAAAUGGAUUUGAGGUCGCUCGGCCAGUUCUAGGGUUUCAGAUCAUUUGGCGAGUUUUAGGGUUUUGAAAGAGCUCAGAAGCCGUUUGGAGUGAACUUGUACCAGCUGGUUCUAGGGUUUCUGGUUGGUUCUUCUCUCACAAUGUGGUGAACAAUCGGUUUCCAUUUCAUGAUUUUGUACGGGAGGUGAGAUUUCUAUUUUGCAGAGAUCAUGUGUUGUACAUUUUCAUCGUUAAAUUAGGGCUUGGUUUUGAAGAGGACGGGUUUUAUCUAGCUCCUUUGGUGGAGGUUUUUGAGUUUCAGUGAAAUUUGUGACAAUGAGGUGUGAAGCCAGUAGGCAUUUGGGCUUGUACAUGGAUUUUGCUUUUUAAGCUUUUCAGUGCUCAAUUCGGAGCGAGUUUGUGAAAGGAAGGGUGAUAUCGUUACUUUGUGAUAGUUAGGGUCUAUUUUGGGCCUUGAUGAGUUUUUGAGCACGUUGUGCAAUAACGGUCAGAAAUCUUUUAUUAUAGGCUUUAAUAUUGCUGAUGAUGACUUUCUAAUGCUGUUCAGCGUUAGAUAUGAUCUUGGAGGAAGGGAAGUCUGUGAGAGCUAUUUUCAUUCUCUAGCACUAAGAAAAUGAGUUCUGUAUUUAAUGGUAGGUGUUUUUUUUUACUGCAUUUUCUCACCGCUCAAUUCUGAGUUAGGUUUGGAAGAGGAAGGGAGAAAUCAUCUCAUUCUGUGAAAGUUAGGGCUUUCUCUGGACCUCGACGAGCUUCAUAAAAAUUUGCUGAAAUGCAGCGUGAAAUCCUUUAUACGAGGGCUUUUGGGGUGCAUUUGGAUCAUUGAUUUCAUGUUAUGCUUUCCCAUUUUUUGGUUCUGAGCUAGUUUAGGAAACAGAAGGGAAUACUACCUGGAUUAGGAAGUGGAAGGCGGAAAUUAAUUAGCUAACAUCUGGGAUUUGAGGCAAUAAGGACUUUAAAAGAGCGGUAAUUUCCAUGUCUGGACCUCCAAAGAUCAGGUCUAUGAAUGUAGCAGAUGCAGAGGUGAGGCCAGUUCUUGGGCCAGCGGGGAACAAGGCUCGCUCCAUAGCAACUCGAAAACCUGCAUCAAAACCCUUAAGGAAACAAGAGAAGCCUGAAAUCACACCACCUCCAAGUAAUAAAGCUUCAGUUGAGGAGCCUAAGACACCCCCAGCUGUUGUUUCUUCUCAACCAAUGCCUCCUUCUCCUCGAGCUUCUUUGAUUUUAAGGAGGCAGGAGUUGCUUUUGCACUCUAACCUCUCUCUAAAUGCAUCUUGCUCGUCAGAUGCCUCGUCCGAUUCAGUGUAUAGUCGUGCUUCUACUGGUAAGAUUUUUCGAUCAAGUCCAGGGAGUAAGAGGAAACAAACUGGUCCAAAGCCUGUAAAGGUUGCUCCAGCCACUGCAGUGGUUUUGCCGACCCCUUUAGAGGGCAAGAGGAGGUGCCACUGGGUCACUGCAAAUACUGAACCAUGUUAUGCUGCUUUCCAUGAUGAAGAAUGGGGUCUUCCAGUUCAUGAUGACAAAAAACUCUUUGAGUUGCUGGUUUUAUCAGGAGCAUUGGCAGAACUUACCUGGCCAUCUAUUCUUAGCAAAAGACACACAUUUCGGGAAGUGUUUUUGGAUUUUGACCCGGCUUCAGUUGCCAAGCUGAGUGAGAAAAAGAUCAUAUCAAUUGCAAACAAUGCAGGUCUCCAAUUAUCAGAACCAAAACUGCGUGCUGUUAUUGAAAAUGCACGGCUUAUUUCAAAGAUCAUCACAGAGUUUGGCUCUUUUGAUCGAUAUUGCUGGAGCUUUGUUAACAACAAACCAAUUGUCAACAAAUUCCGAUAUCCCCGUAAGGUCCCUGUGAAGACCCCCAAAGCCGAUGUCAUAAGCAAAGAUUUAGUAAAGAGAGGGUUUCGUUAUGUGGGUCCCACCGUUGUCUACUCAUUCAUGCAGGCUGCUGGCAUAACGAAUGACCAUCUCGUGAGUUGUUUCAGGUUUGAGGAGUGUCUCUCUGCCUCUGAUGGAAGGGAAACUGCCUUUGCCUGUGAUGGGAGAGAAAGUGCUGCUGCUUCUGAUGGGAAAGAAACUGGAAUCAGCAGAGAGAGCAGCAAAAUCGACGAGAAACCUGAAUUGGCGUGCCUGAAUAUUAUGAAAGGAGUCGAGGAAUUGGCAAUUGCUCUCUAGAAACAACCGACAAUUCUCUCUCAAGAAACCAGGGGUUUGGUGGCAUUUGGCUGCCUUGUGUACCCUGAUGCACAGAUGGGCCCUCGUUGGUUGAAGAUGGGUCCCACCUUGGGUGCUCUUUGAUGGAGAAUUAUGUAAAGAAUCUGAAUUUCUAUGCAUGUUUUCUUGUAGAUUCACAUUCCUCUGAAUUUCUUCUGAAGAUUUCCUUUGUCAUGCAUAGGUGCCUGUUGAUUUC